AUGUCGCCAGGAAAGGAGCCUCUACACCUAUCAAACGUGUUGUUAAAGCAAACGUCACAUGUCGAUUACGAAGAACUUCGUGGCCUUGAUGUACUUGGGUUGUCUGACACAGCCCCGAACGACCAAGUAGCGUGUAUGCUGAAUAUAAGAGCAGCUUAUGCGAGAUAAGGAGGGUUGGUAUGAAACUGGUCUGCCCUGGCGAGGAGACCAUCCUGUGCAGUGUUACCAAACAAUAAAGAGGCAAGUCUGCGCCGUCUUAAUAGUCUAAACAAACGACAGGAGAUUAUUCAAGAUCAGAACAAAGCGGGCGUUGUAGAAAGAGCAGAAGAGCCAAAUCUACGCUAGCAAGUUGUUUGAAAUAGCCAAGGCUCACCUCCGGAUGUGCACCCCUACGCAGGCGAUACUCAGCUCUAUGUAUCUUUUAAGCCGGAUCCUGGGGACAACCAGACUGAAGCCGUGGAUGCUGUGCAAGAACAUAUUGAAGACAUUAGGGCAUGGAUGGCGGCGGACCAGCUAAAGCUUAAUGAACACAAACCGAGGUCAUUCUAAUUGUUACUCAGGAACAACUUGAUAAAGUUAGUAUUGCACGCCUAGAGAUUGGUCAAGCAUCAGUGCCAAUUGUAAGUUCUGCCGUCCGCAACCUUGGCUCGUAGUUUGACAGUGGAACAAUGGCCUGGUGCAACAGUGGCUCAGUCAAACAGUGGCCCAGUGAAGCAGUGGAACAGUGGCACAGUACGUAGAGCAGUGGCACAGAGGAACAGUGGUACAGUUGCACCGUGGUUCAGUGGAGCCGUGGAACAAUGGAACAGUGGCACACUAAAACAGUCGCAAAAUGGAAUAGUAGAACAGUGACGCAGAGGAACAGUUGCACAGUGAAACAGUGGCACAGUAAAGCAGUGGAACAACUGCACAGUGGCCCAGUGGCACAGUAGAACAGCAGCACAGUGGAACGUGGCACAGUAGAACAGUGGUACCGUAGAACAGUGGAAAAUUGGACAGUGGCAUAGUAGCACAGUAGAUGAGCACAGUGGAGUAAUGGCCCAGUGGAACAGUGGAGCAGUGGCACAGUAGAAUAGUGGCACAGAAGAACAGUGCUAUAGUUGCACCUUGGUUCCGUGCAACCGUGGCACACUGGAACAGUGAAUCAGAGGCACAGUUGCAGCGAGGCACAGUGGCACAUUGUAACACUGGCCCAGUGGAACGUGGCCCACCGGAACGGUAGAAUAGUGGAACAGUGGAACACUGGAACAGUGGUUCAGUGAAACAGUGGCACAGUGAAACAGUAGAACCGCAGCAAAGUGAAACGAGGAACAGUGGCACAGAGGAACAGUUACACAGUGAAACAGUGGCACAGUAAAGCAGUGGAACAGCUGCACAGUGGAACAUGGCACAGUAGAACAGCAUCACAGUGGAACAGUAGCACAGUAGCACACUAGUUAAGCACAGUGGAGCAAUGGCCCGGUGAACAGUGGAGCAGUGGCACAGUUGAACAGUGGCACAGUAGAACAGUGGCACAGAAGAACAGUGCUACAGUUGCACCGUGGUUCAGUGAAACAGUGGCACGCUGGAACAUUCGCACAGUGGUAUAGUGGAGCAGUGAUACAGUGGAACUGUGGCUCAGUGGUACAGUGA